UUUAAAACGGUUCUUCACACUCAGCCGCUUCACAGCUGAAUAUAUUAAGCCUCCAAAUAACCGGUAUUUAUAUUCGCGAUGCGUCCUCGGUCCGUCUGUGCUGUCUUCUAAAGAAACAAGCACGGCCCGCACCUGUGUCAAAAAAGCAGUUUCAGAUAAAUUAAAGCCCAGACAAGAAGUGCGUGUGCUUUUAUUCCGAUGAGGAUAUUAUUAAAUGGUGUUCUAGAGCUCAUUUGUGCCGCGGUGGAUUUGGAAGCGGAUUUAUUCUGUUUGGGAUCUUGUCACUGGAGCAGAGGAAAACAGCAGAGACAGCAAAUCCGAUCGGAUUGACAGGUUCUUCAUCAGGAUGUUGCUGUGAUUGUGGUGAAACAUCUGGUCAUGAUGAUGUGGAAUUUUGGGAACCCGACCUGUAUUAGUCAAGCCAACUGUUACAGCAAUGCUUCCAAAGACUACUGCUACUCGGCCCGGAUCCGCAGUACCGUGCUGCAGGGACUGCCCUUUGGAGGGGUUCCCACUGUCCUCGCGCUAGACUUUAUGUGCUUCCUGGUUCUUCUUUUUGUCUUCUCCAUCUUGCGGAAAGUGGCAUGGGAUUACGGCCGUCUGGCCCUGGUGACCGAUGCUGACAGACAGAAGAGAAGAUUCAGCGGUCUGGAGGAGCGGGAGUAUGUGGCUUCAGCUCUUCAUUCUGAAACGCCAGACCGAUAUGAACGUCUCACCUCCGUCUCCAGCUCAGUGGAUUUCGAACAGCGAGAUAAUGGCUUCUGUUCCUGGUUGACGGCCAUAUUCAGAAUAAAGGACGAGGAGAUCCGGGAGAAAUGUGGUGAAGAUGCCGUUCAUUACCUGUCGUUCCAGCGACACAUCAUCGGUCUGCUGGUUGUGGUGGGUGUGCUGUCAGUGGGCAUCGUUCUGCCGGUCAACUUCUCAGGCAACCUGCUGGAAAAUAAUCCAUACAGCUUUGGACGCACAACAAUCGCCAACUUGAAUUCUGGAAAUAACCUUUUAUGGUUGCACACAUCAUUUGCCUUCAUGUACCUGCUCCUCACCGUCUACAGCAUGAGACGCCACACAUCCAAGAUGCACUACAAAGAAGAUGAUCUGGUCAAACGCACUUUAUUUAUCAACGGCAUCUCCAAAUAUGCAGAAGAAAGCCAUAUAAAACAGCACUUUGAACAGGGGUACGAGAACUGUGUCGUACUGGAAGCCCGUGUUUGUUACAAUGUGGCCAAACUGAUGUCCCUCAACGCCGAGAGGAAGAAGACUGAACGCAGUAAGAAGUUUUUCACGGAUCUGAUGGCUAAGGAGCACAUCCCUGCCAUGAUCAACCCCAAACCCUGCGGUCAUCUGUGCUGCUGCGCCAUUACAGGCUGUGAGGAGGAGGAGGCUGUGAGUUAUUACACCAAACUGGAGGCCAAACUGAAAGAGGAGUACAGGAAGGAGAAGGAGAAAGUCAACACCAAACCUCUGGGAAUGGCCUUCGUCACCUUCCAGAACGAGGCCAUGACUGCAAUCAUCCUGAAGGACUUUAAUGCGUGUCAGUGUCAGGGCUGUAAGUGUCGUCAGGAGCCGCGCUCCUCUCAGUUCAGUGACGGUCUUCAUGUGUAUGACUGGAGCGUCAGCUACGCACCGGACCCCCAGAACGUGCGCUGGGAGAAUCUGUCUUUGGGAGGAGUUUCCUGGUGGCUUCGCUGCUUCAUCAUUAACUGCAUCCUCUUCCUCCUCCUCUUCUUCCUCACCACUCCGGCCAUCAUCAUCUCCACUAUGGACAAGUUCAACGUCACCAAGCCUGUGGAGUAUCUGAACAACCCGAUCGUGACCCAGUUUUUCCCCACACUGCUCCUGUGGGCCUUCUCCGCCCUGCUGCCCACCAUCGUCUACUACUCCGCCUUCUUCGAAGCCCACUGGACCAGGUCGGGUGAGAACAGGACCACGAUGCACAAGUGCUACACUUUCCUGAUCUUCAUGGUUCUCUUGCUGCCGUCUCUGGGUCUCAGCAGUUUGGACGUUUUCUUCCGCUGGCUGUUUGACAGAAAAUUUCUGGCCGAAGCCACCGUCAGAUUUGAGUGUGUCUUCCUCCCUGAUAACGGAGCGUUUUUUGUGAAUUACGUCAUCGCGUCGGCAUUCAUCGGAAACGCCAUGGAUCUGCUGCGGAUUCCAGGUCUGCUCAUGUACAUGAUCCGACUGUGUUUGGCUCGAUCGGCUGCGGAGAGACGCAACGUUAAACGGCAUCAAGCCUAUGAGUUUCAGUUCGGAGCCGCCUACGCCUGGAUGAUGUGUGUUUUCACCGUCGUUAUGACGUACAGCAUCACCUGUCCAAUCAUCGUCCCCUUCGGACUGAUGUACAUGCUCCUGAAGCACCUGGUGGACCGCUACAACAUGUACUACGCUUACCUGCCCUCCAAACUCGACAAGAAGAUCCACUCAGGAGCUGUCAAUCAGGUGGUGGCUGCGCCCAUCCUGUGCCUCUUCUGGCUGCUGUUCUUCUCCACCAUGAGGACAGGGUUUCUGACCCCGACGUCCAUGUUUACCUUCGUGGUGCUCAUCAUCACCAUCGUGGUCUGCCUGUCGCACGUGUGCUUCGGUCACUUCAAGUACCUCAGCGCACACAACUACAAGGUACGGGUUACAGGACUGCAGAUCGACACCAAGGACACGGAGAUCGACGGAGUGGAGAACGGCCGUCCUGCUAGAUCCUCACCCUCCAACAAAUCUCAGCAGCAGAUGUACAUCGCCCAGGUGCUGCAGGACCCAAACUCUGACGAGACCGGAGCGGGCAGCGGAGAGUCCUCGCAGGACGAGGAGAUGAUCAACGGCGGGAACAGCCUAAACGAGGCCGACUUCCAGUCCGGAGAGGACAGUCUCAUCGCCAACGAGGUCCACCAGUAACAGAGCCGAGAGGACGACAGGCCUUCAUCCGCACACGUCUGUCUGUCUGU